GUCUCCUCCUCCCGGGCUAUGCCCAGCUCCAUUCUCCUCAAACACCGUCUCUAUGGUGCUAUCUUGGGAAGGUCACGUCGUGCUUUAAGCGGCUCAUGCGUCCGUCACCUGAACUAGGUCCGUCAACUCGAUUAUGGUUGAGAUGGUUGGAAUUUUUAUGGACAGUGCAGUACACAUUCGCAAUGUCAAUCAGUAGCGGUGGAAAUUAACGAUUAAUUUCCAGUACUACUUUUGUAAUAGCUAAGAAUUGGUAAUAAAGAAGCAUUUACUGGUGCGUCAUUUUGGAAGUCGGAAUGUUGUGACUGGUUCGCAGUUUCUUUCGGGGCCCAUGUGAUGAGCACGGAGGCGGCUAAGAUGGCGGCGGUCAGAGAGCUGUGGUCCUUGACUAACCGAAGCCUGGCUGUCAGGAGCCGCUAUCAUCUCCCCCUGGGACUUGGCGUGGUCUCCGACCAUCUCCGCACUUUCUCCAUCUCUGGCGUUUUAAACCAGGCCGAAAAGGAGCAGGAGCUGCAGAAAAAUCCUUUCUAUACCAAGUAUGAGACCAAGAUCCAGGAGCUGCGGAGGACAAAAUCAGAUGAAUAUGAGGCUCGUGUGGCAAAGAAAGAUGAGGUUAUGAAACAGCCAUUAGGACAUUCAAAACAGGGCGAAUUUAUCAGACUCAUGGAAGGGAAGGGAUCUGUUUGGAUAAGAAUGUGCAAGGGACCUCCAUUACUGUACAUCAUUUGGAUGGUAAAGAACAAAAAACAGGCUGAAAGAGCCACUGGACAGAGAAUUGGUUUCAGUAAGGACAAGACCCUUCAGUCCAUCCUAAAUCUGGAUAUGAUGAAAGAAAAAACUCCAGAUGAAAUAGGACAGAUUUGGAAUCAGUAUUUUGCUUUGAAGAAUACUAUCUCUGCAGUAAUUCCCGGUACAACAUUUGAUCUGAUGCACAGCAGGUCUCAGAAAUGCCCCACUUUCUUGUACGCUUUGCCGAGACAAGCAGGCUAUGAGUUCUUUGUGGGUCAGUGGUCUGCGACUGAACUUCACUUUUCCUCUUUAAUUAAUAUUCAGUCUCUGGGAGAAAAUUCACCGAGCCAGCUUAUCAUCUAUCACUACCCCGAUCUGCAGAAGAAGAAGGGCAUUGUACUACUUACUGCAGAAAUAGACACAACAUUUCUGAAUGUACAAGAGGCACAGUGUCUUGCCAAUGAAGCUCAACUCUUUUAUGCCACGGAUUGCGAACAGAUCUUCAAUCUGGUGGAGACAUUUAAUCAUAAACCCAGUGAUUUCAAACACAUGUCAGUCAUUGCUGAGAUUGAGCAGUGUGGAAUUGGAGGAACUCUGAGAAACCAGAAGGCAGAGACGUAACUUUGAAGAAGAGGAUGAGAUAUAACUACAUGUGACUUUUGAUAUGAGCCCAAAAAGAUUGGCACUGAGAGCCACAUAUCAUAUUGCUGCUUUUGCUCACCAGUUUUUGUGGACAACAUUAUCUGGAACUAAAUCUUUCCAGCAACCAGAGACAACAUCCCUGGAAUCUCCUCAUUGAAAUGCAUAAAGUUCAGAACCUUGAAUGUAGUGAAGUAAUGGUUGAUAUUAAAAUUCCAUAACACACAUAGCAAGACAAGUAUUAAAACUGAAGCGUUUCAAUUUUGGGAAUACUUUAAAGCACAAGUUUUGGGUACAGAAAUGCACUAAUGGCUCCUUGAGCUUGCUCAGCCAUUUAAUAAGACUGUGGUGGAUCUGAAACCUAAUUUCCGCGUUUGUGCCUAAUUCACAUACUUGCUGAUCCAAAAAUAUUAGCCUUGGCUAUAUUCAACAACGGGGUAUUCACAGUCUCUGUUUGGAUAAUUUGAAAGAUUCAUAACACUCUGAGGAAAACAUUCUGUUCAUCAUAGUCCAAAUGGUCAUCUCUCUAUCCUCUGAAUUCCUGUGCAGGAAAGCAAUUUCUGGACAUCCAUCUUGUGAGUAUUUCCUCUGAUCAAUCCUGUCAUCCCAAUGUGGUCAACUUUCAUUUUUACCCUUUCUAAGGAAAAUAUCUUUCCUCCUGAUAUCAAGACUGUAUGUGCUACUCCAGGUAUAAUCUCGCAAACAAAAACAGAAGUUGCGGUAAAGACUCAGCAGUUCUGGCAGCAUCUGUGAAGAAAAAAAAAAGAGUUAAUGUUUUGGGUCCAGAACAUGCCAGACCUGCUGAGCUUUUCCAGCAACUUCUGUUUUUGUUCCUGAUUUACAUCAUCCGCAGUUCUUUAGGUUUUUAUAUAAUCUCACAAAGCCAUGUCCGGUUGCUGCAUAAUUUCCUUACUCUUGAUAAUCCAACCCUUUUGUAAUAAAAACAAAACACUGUUUGCUGCCUUAAUAUGCAGGCACAGCAAACAAUUAUCUUUUUCUUAUACAAAAAAACCCAAUGCUGCUGAAGAUCAAAAGUUUCCCACUAUUUUAAAACAAAAGUCUUUUUCUAUUUCUAAACAGGUGAAUAACCUCACAUUUCCCUGUAUUGUACUCAAUCUGCCAGAUUCUUACUCAUUCACUUACCUAACUAUAUCCCUUUGCAUAUUCUUUGUGAUCUCCUUGUGCCCUACUUUCCCACUAGCCUUGUAUUGUCAGGAGGCUUGAAUACAUUACCCAUGGUUCUUCAUCUCAGUCAUUAUUAAAGAAAGAUUUGCAUUUAAAUAGCAACUUGCAUGAACCCCAGAUACAAGAACCUGAGUCUGCAACACUGAUCCUUCCAGCACCCACGAGUUAUCUGCCAACCUUAUGAUGAUUUGCUUAUUCCUACACUCUUAGUUUUCUGAUCUUCGGGCAAGUCUAGUGAAAUCUUAAACAUAUUUAAAAUUUCUGCUUUUAAGACUUAUUUAACCUGUAAUUUGAUGCUGGGAAAUCUACUAAAGUGCAGCAGAAGUGACUUUCCUAUGAUAAAACGUUCUUAGUUCAACAUCUCCAAUGAGGAAUGGCAAGCACAAAUCUCAAUCCUUCCAUUUGAUAGCACUAGGUGGUAAAGAAGUACCACUUGCCUUCCAGCUCCUCACUUUUUUUAAGAUAAUUCAAAAUUAACUGCAAACUUUCUUUAAUAUUUGAAAUUACUAUAUGGAUUAUUGUAACCCUGACAGUAUGAGCAAAGUACUUUGUAUAUGAAUUUGAUUUGAGUUUAGGUGUAUAAAUGUGUGGUAUGAAUUGAGUGUCAAAUAGUUUCUUUGAACAUCCUGUCUAUUCUAAACUAGGCUUCACAGAUAAAAAAGACAGUGUUGUAACUAGCCGUGUUAGUCAUUUUCCAUCAGAGUUAUUUCAUUUAUCCAAAUUAAAUAAAAGGUUUUAGUCCCAAAUAUCAUAUGGCUUAAAAGAACUUUCUAAUUGGAGAUGGGCUGAAUUGACCUUGAUCUAACUGUAGUACGUAACAAAGGCAUUUUAAGUUGAAUAUUUACAAGUGGAGAUAUUUUUACAAUGUAAUAAUGUGUAAUUUAUCACAGCUUUUAUAGUCAACAUAAAGAGGGAUGUCAAAUUAUUCUGGGUACUGCAAUACAGCUGUACAUCCUGCCAGAUCUAGUUGUAUAGGAUGAUGGACAAAUAAGCAACUAAACAAUACUAUUAGCAAUCUGUGCCCUCAGCCGGAUGCAUUGCAUCAACUGACCAAGCUGCUGUUGAUUUAUGACCUUUUCAAGCACAAAGAAGGACAGCAGAUGCAUGCCACCAUCAUGAAAGUUCCCCAUCAAGCUUCACAUUAUGCUUACAAAGGGCCAUAAUUGUGCCCUCACUGUCACUGGCUCAAAAGCCUGGACCUCCACUUCUAAUAACGCUGAAUGUAGUUAUACGAGUUAGCCUUAAGUAGUUCAAGUAGCUCACCAUCACCUCCAAGCCUGUUAGGAGUGAACUGAAACGUUGUUCUGGGCUGCAACACUCAUUUAAUUGUAGAAAAGAUAGAAAUCAUAAUAUAUUAUUUCAAAUUUGCAUCUGAAAACUUCCUUUGGCUCAAAUGGUCUUUUCACAUUUUAACUUUUCAUAACGUCCUAAUAUAUUUAUUGAUACUGAUCCACAUAAUCAACACGUCUAACUCCUUUAAGUAUUCAAAAGUCUGCAUUUUUCUUCAAACUUGCAAAUUUUUACAUAUUUUCCUUGCAGGUGUAUCUUUUCUAUCCAGCAAGUUUAAUGAGUGGCCAACUGAGGUAGGGGAGGUGGUGGUGCUAUGAUAAACUGUGCUGGGCUGGUUUUUCAGAUGUUCAGAUUUAUAUUCUUAGAAUAUGGUUUUGAAUCACACCAUAACAAAUUAUGAAAUUUGAAUUCAGUUAAAAUCUGGAUUUAAAAAUAUUAGCCUCAAUGUGACCACAACCAAUGUCAUUUGUGGUUGAAAACUCACAUUGUUCAAUGAUGUCCUUUAGGGAAUGAAAUCUGUUGUCCCUACCCCAUCGCCCAACAUGUGUCUCCAAGCCCACAGCAAUGUAAUUGACAUUUGACUGCUUGCUGGGCAAUUAGGCUUGGGUAAUAAAUGCUGGUCAGUAUAAUGACACCCAUGGACAAUUUUUUUUAAAGAAGCGCUACUCGGAGCCUGUAUUAUGCUGCUCUCUUUUGGUGUCCAAGUGAUCAUUUUAAUUUCUUCCUUCAUUCUGAAGCAGCUGUUCUAUGCUAAGCCAUUCAAAUAUCUCAAGCAAUUGCAUAACUUUUCAUUUGAAAAAAUUAAAGUUAGGUUUCUGAGAUGUGAUAAAUGUCUCUGAUUUGUUCUGUUUCCACAGUUUGCUUAGGGAAAUAAAAAUCUUU